GGCCGCAAACCCAUUACUUAAGCUGCUUGCAAUUCCGUAAUCUCGGCCGCUUUCUUACCUAUAAGCCCUGUUAUUACCGGAAUUUAAAGAUAAAGCAUUAUUGAGCUCUAAUAACUUGCGUUCCGAACCCUCUCCUAACUCGAGCCGAGCUUGCGAAUUAUAUCUAGCGCCGGCAGCAAGCUACCGGGAAGAUAGAGAGAGGGUUUGCCGGAUACCGGGCAAUUACGGUUAAUAAUUAUACGCGAGAGCUAACCCAAGAGGAGGAGCAGGAGCUCCAGGACCGGCAGUAACGGCGUAAGGAUAGGAAGGCAGAGAGGAGGGUUUAGGAGAUAGAGAGGAAGGAGCGAGUGAGGAAGUUAUAAGUAUAAAAAGGCCAGUUCCUAGGGAAGGGGAAGUUUGAGGCGUGGUGGGAGGCGAGGGAGAAGGAGUGGCAGAGAGCAAGUGAGAGGUUAAAGGAGGGAGACAGGGAAAGGAGGAAGAUAAAGAAGGAUAGAGAGAAGUGGGCUGAGUGGGCAGAGAGAGAGGAGCAAGAGAAGAGAGAGAGGGAGGGGCAGGCUAAAGAAGAAGCUUGCGGACUAGUGGAGAGGCAGGCUUGCAAGCUGAGAGAGAGGCAAGCGAAGUUAUAUAUAGACGAAUACGAAUAUUACGAUAAUUAUUAACUCUAAUUCCAGGGCAAGUGAGGCUUGGGAGAGGCCGCGAGAGGAAGAGAGCUUUGCGGGUAAAAGUAAGGCUUGGGAGGGAGUUACGGGUGAGAGUACAGG